CAAAGCUCCAUAUUUAAAUCAUAUACGUUGAUAACAUGGCCCCUGCAGCAGCAGCCGAACCCUUGGAAGGUAAGAAAAGAUCAGUAUCGCCAGGUCGAGAAGAAAAUGAAACGAAAAAACCUAAUUUAGAUCAAGGUAAACAGAAGAAGAAACAACCUAAAAUACAUAAAAGAAAAUAUAAAGCUAAAGAAGUUGAUCCAACAUCUCCUAUGGGGGUACUUCAAUAUGAAAUCAAAGAAUUACUACAACAACAUGGUCUAGAAGAAGAAUCUAUAUCCAAUGACAUGAGCUCAAUUUUAAAUGAUUCUGAAUCUUUCAAUAAACACCAUCGAAUUGUAGAAAAUGCCAAAAUAUUAAGAUUAAGUUCAAAUGGUGAUGGUUUAACAUUAAUUAAUCAUCCAAACAAAGAAAAUGGUAAACAGAUUGCUCUUGUUCCAUUUGGAUUACCAGGAGAUAUCGUUAAAAUAAGGGUGUUCAAAUCUCAUCCAUUAUACGUUGAGACUGAUUUAUUAGAAGUAAUUGAAUCUAGUCCUAAUAGAAACGAUUCUUUAAUUAAUUGUCGUUAUUUCGGUAAAUGUUCUGGUUGUCAAUAUCAAAAUGUUGAUUAUAAUCAACAAUUAAUUUUCAAAAAACAAACCAUUGAAAAUGCUUAUAAAUAUUUAGCCCCAAUAUUAUCCAAGAAUGAUCAAUUACCUUCUAUAAGUUCAACUGAACCAAGUCCUUUACAAUUUACUUAUAGAACCAAAUUAACUCCUCAUUUCAAUUUACCUUAUUCUAAACCAGUAUUAACAACCCCUCCUAGUUUAGGGUUUGGUGCAAAAGGUAAGCCAGCUUGGAGACCACAAGCUCAAGGAGGUGAUUUUUCUGUUCUUGAUAUUGAAGAAUGCUCAAUUGGUACUUCGAUUAUUAAUCAAGGUAUGAAAAAUGAACGUACUAAAUUUCAUAAGGAAUUCAAAAAUUAUAAAAAAGGUGCUACCAUAUUAUUAAGAGAAGACACUACUACUUUAACUAAAGAAGAAACCUUUGAUGAAUCAAAACAUCCAGGUUCAGUCAAUCAAGAAACUCAAGAAAUUUCCAAAAUUGAAAUUAAUAUAGAAAAUGAUGAUUCCAAACACGAAAAAUUGAUUAAAACUUGUGUUACUGACCCAAGACAGAUUGUUACUGAAUAUAUCAAUGGAUUCACUUUUGAAUUCUCCGCUGGUGAAUUUUUCCAAAACAAUAAUUCGAUUUUACCUGCGGUUACUAACUAUGUUAAAAAUAACUUAUCAAUUCCAAAUUCAUUACCAAAUGAACCAAAUUAUUUGGUUGAUGCUUAUUGCGGUUCUGGUUUAUUUUCUAUCACCUGUUCCAAAAAUGUCUCUAGGGUUAUCGGUGUAGAGGUCAGUGCUGAUUCGGUAAAAUUUGCUGAACGUAAUGCUAAAACAAAUAAUAUUGAAAAUGCUACUUUUAUCGUUGGUAAAGCAGAAAAAAUCUUUGGAAGUAUUGACACUCCUUCAAAUAGAACCUCAGUCAUCUUGGAUCCUCCAAGAAAAGGUUGUGAUGAUGUAUUCUUAAAUCAAUUAAGUGAUUAUCAUCCUGCUAAAAUCGUCUACAUUAGUUGUAAUGUUCAUUCUCAAGCAAGAGAUGUCGACUGGUUCAUCAAUAAAACCGGUAACGGUAAAGACUAUUACGUUGAAAGCAUCAAGGGAUUUGAUUUUUUCCCGCAGACUCACCACGUUGAAAGUGUUGCAGUCGAAUUAUACGUCCCAAGAAAAUGUUCUGCUACCAACAGAAUCAUCAAAGCUAAAGAUCAUGCUUCUGUUCAAAUCAACAUUGCCAACGUUGACGAAGAAGGUAGAGCUAUUGCUGGUUCUAACACCACUUACGCUUUAGCUGGUCACAUCAGAGGUAGAGGUGAAGCUGACGAUUCUUUAAACAGAUUAGCCCAACAAGAUGGUUUAUUAAAGAACGUCUGGUCUUACUCCCGUUAAGUUAUGAUAUAACGUGCAUUUCCCUCUAAUUUAUAAAAUAAUACUAAUAUCAAAUCAUUAACUUGAUAAUGUGUUUCCUUUUAUUGAAAACGUUAUAUGUGUGUAUAUCUAAUUUAAUGUCAUAAAAAUCUAUAAGGUACCC